AUGUUGUCGGUCACAGAUAUCAUGCGCUUACGAUUUCGUGAAUGCUUGCUCAAUGUGAUCUUUGAAGCGUCAUGGGUGCCACAGGAACUGGUCAGCCAAUCUUUCUCCUGGUUGUUGACGACAUAUAACGAUACGUGGCUUGAACAAUUAGGCAAAUCGACUUUCAUCAAUCUUGUCACCGGAGACGAUAAGAUCGUCGUUGGCCAUGGAACUGAGUCCAAGACCGAAUUCGUUGACGCCUCUUGUUUUCUCGAUCCCGACACCCACCUUUCGACUAUGAUUGUUGACACCCCGGGUUUUGACGACUCUCAACGUAGCGACGUUGACGUUCUCAAGACAAUUACCGAGUUCAUAGUGAAUUCAGUGGGCGGAAGGAAGCUCAAUGGCAUUAUCUACAUGCACCGGAUUUCUGACCCUAGAACAGGCGGAGUGGCCAAGAAAAAUCUCCGUAUGUUUAAGGAGCUAUGCGGAGAGAAAACGCUUGCAAAGGUAGUAAUUGUCACAACAAAUUGGAGCCGUGUUGGAAAAGAGGAAGGAGAUGAUCGAGAGAAUGAACUCAGAAAGGGUUUCUUCAAACCCCUUCUUGAAGAAGGAGCCUGCAUGUUUCGCCACGACAACUCAGUCAAGGGUGCUCUUACGAUCUUGUCUCAUCUCCUGCACGAGAAAGGCACGGCUAUCAAGGUUGCAAAAGAAUUACAUACCAAGAUCGCAGAAGAGUUACACGAAGGCAAGGAGCUCGUUGACACCUCUGCAGGGGCCGUCCUUUCCGCGGAUAUCAAGGCGAUGGAAGCGAGACACAAGGAAGAGAUGCUGGAGUUGAAGAGGGACAUGGAAAAGGCGAACCGCGCCAAGGAUGCUGAGUUAAAAUUGGAGUUGGAGCAGGAACACAGGGAGCUAGACAUCUCGCCUUUUCUUAACAUCUGA